ACCAAUUCAUUUGUCUCAAUUGAGGCAAACCACGAAAAAUAGGCUAACAAAAAAUUAAAGUAGGACAGUCCGAAACAUGAAAGCAUGGGAAAGUUAUUCGGAUAGUAAAAUAUGCAUAUACCGAUGAGCGUAAGUGCAUAUAAUGUCCGAUCCUUUCAGAAAUCUGCUAUCCCAAUGAGAAUAAGUGAAUUAGCGGAUGUGGGUUGGUCUUCUGAGUGGAAGGAGGCACUUGUUUCGGAGUUCAGAAGAAGAAAGUUUCCCGUGUGCGCAUUCCUUCCGUCGCUUUCUCCUCCAGAUCCAGUGCCACCGUUCAACAGAUUUCGACCAAGUUCACUUUUCCUCCACUCUCCUCCUUUCUCUUCAACUGUGGAGUGUGGUCUUUUGGACAUAUUUCGAGUAAACUUGUAACGAUAUAGAGUGUUUAAUAAAUAUUAGUUAUCAACUCUUAUGUAAUUCGUAGUAUGCAAGCUAUUUACAACUACUUCAAGUUCAAUCCGUCGACCUAAAUUGGCAAAUCUUCCUUCUUAAUACUAAAGUACACAUUCCGGAUCAUUUAAAAUGUCGUAUUUUGGCGACAGUGGAAGUGGGUGUGGCAGCUAUUCCAACAACAGAAAUUGUGAAAGUGUGGACGGGAAUUCUGAAAUAGAAAUGCGAUUCGAAAGCGACAGUGGAGGAAGUGCGGAUGAAUCUCACAAUCAUUUAAUGGGGAUGGAGGAGAAGCUAACUCGGGAAGAACGGCGGAGACGUCGUCGGGCCACACCCAAGUAUCGCAAGGCCCACGCCUCCCGAGAAAGGGUGCGGGUGGAAGCCUUCAACGGAUCCUUUGCCAACUUGAGAAGUCUCCUACCCACCCUUCCGCCGGACAAGAGGCUUUCCAAAAUAGAAAUCCUUCGCCUCGCAAUUUGCUACAUCGCCUACUUGAACCACGUUUUAGAACGAUAACUGCAUACGCUAUUUAAUUGGCAGAUUUCCCUUGAACGCAGCCUCGGUUCCUUUCGUUAGCAAAAUAAAGUAAUGAUUAUUAUGCAUAGAAGGAAGAAUAAAUCAGUAUGAAUUAUAAUUGAAAAAACAUAUUUAGUACACAAUCAAUAAAUCCGUAACACAGUCACAGUAAGCUCUGCUAAUUUAAAUUACCUAAUCUAGAUUUCGCCUGAUUUAUUGCUUUUGUUAUUACAUUUCAACCAUUACAAAAUUAAAUAAACAAUGACGGAGGAUAUAAAAUGUCCAAUAUGUUGCAAUUACCCAGCAAAAUAAAGGAUAUACAUAUGUACAUGGA